AUGGAGUUUACUGGAACUUCCCCUCUUCAAUCCUUCAACCCGGCGUUCGAUCAGAGGAAGAAGACGGAUGGUGGUGCCCAGUCCGACCAAAGUUUCCUUGAACAAUUCAAGCUUGGUGUUGACCGCAACAAAGAGAAGUUCCCAACCCCACAAUCAGAGCAACAACAUAAAGUAUCUGAGUCGCCGCUUCCGGCGCCGGAGGAUGCUGAUGAGAUCUUCAAGAAAAUGAAGGAAACAGGCCUAAUCCCUAAUGCUGUUGCAAUGCUCGACGGACUCUGCAAAGAUGGGCUUGUUCAGGAAGCCAUGAAGCUUUUCGGUUUGAUGCGCGAGAAAGGCACACUCCCUGAAGUGGUUAUUUACACUGCUGUGGUUGAUGGAUUCUGCAAGAGUCAUAAAAUGGAGGACGCCAAGAGGAUUUUCAGGAGAAUGCAGAGUAAUGGAAUUACUCCUAAUGCAUUCAGCUACACAGUUUUGAUUCUGGGAUUGUAUAAAUGCAAUAAAAUAGAGGAUGCUGUUGAAUUUUGUGUUGAAAUGCUAGAGGCAGGUCAUUCUCCCAAUGUCACCACUUUUGUAGGGUUGGUUGAUGGGUUGUGCAAGGAGAAAGGUGUGGAAGAAGCCAGGAGAGUGAUUGCAGUUUUAAGACAAAAGGGAUUUGUUAUGAAUGAAAAAGCUGUUAGGGAGUUUUUGGACAAAAAAGCUCCAUUUUCAUCUAUGGUAUGGGAAGCAAUACUUGAUCAGAAAGCCCCCAAGAAACCAUUUUGAGUCUUCUCUUACAUUUAGGCUCUUGAAUUAACUUUAGGUGGGGAUGGUGAAGUUGGUAUAUGAUGCAGUGUGAUUUACAUGGAAGAUAAGGAGGAAGCUGAUGGUGGUUGUCUUGGUUUCUUUGAGCAAGUAGGAUAAAGGCGCAGUCAGCAGCCGUGGUCGAUUCGAGGAGGCAGAUGAAGAAGUACUAGGAUAGAGAAAUGUGCUAACUUAUUUUUAUUUACAACAGUGGCAGUUGUAUUAGUCCAGAAAUACUUUGAUUUUAUAACCUAGUAUGUUAACUCCAUAGCCAUAUCUCUCCGGGAAACUCUGAAGUUCCUUGGAGACAAUUUACCUCCCUUAGGAUAAGAGCAAAGAUUUUAAGGAAAUCAUUGGUGUUUUUUUCAAAGAGAUUUGAUCUGUUUUCAGCUAAUCUAAUGGUCCAAAUUAGGAAGCAAAUUGCCCCAUAGACAUGUUGGAAGCACCUAUCUCUUCGAGUCUUCUGGUGAUAACAGAGGACCAGUAGCAGGUAUUUUACAAGUCUACUGGCCUGCUGGCAAUAAUAUCAUUUUAUGUAGGUGAAGAACAAAUGGAUAAUAUUCAUCUUGGGGGAUUAAAAACCAAAGUUCUGAACAAUGGUGUGAAGAUCAUAGAUCCAUAAGAUCAUAAAAAUUUGGAAGUUAGCAUGUUGGAGCCUAGAGGCUAUGCAUUCCCAACUGUCUAUUUGAUUAUUUUCCCAUUCUUUAUGAUCAAUUUCUACAUAUUAUACUUA